AUGCCGUCAGUGGAAUCGCUUGUGGCACCUGAACACCUCCACUAUGAGCAGGCUCUACUUCAAGAUCCAGAUAAUGAGUCUGUGUGGCUAGAUUAUGUGGAGCUGGUGUAUGGAGACAUGCAGAAGGCUCGAUUUGUUCUUGAUCGUGCCGUUUCAAAGCUCCCUGCGUCAUCACUAUUAUGGAAUGCGUAUUUUCUGCUUCCGUGGACCUACAAAGACUUGGAUGUCCAGCUUUCUAUCUACCAGAAGGCAUUGGUGGUGAUGGGCGCCAGUCCUGCCAUCUGGAUGCGGUACUUGGCAUUGCUCAAGACUUGCGGCGACUACAAAUUGCUAAAAAGAGAGUUGGACUCGGCAUUGUUUCGGUUGGAUCCCCAAUACCACGGUCCAGUAUGGAAAAUCUACUUGGACUUGGCAGACAAGGUUGAGGGCCACUUAGGGGCGCAAAUAUACUACAGAUACAUUGAAUCUGAAAACUUCAAUGACGGGCCCAAUAUCUGCGUCGACGAAAUUGCAUUGAAAAUAGCUGAAUUUGGCAACUCCACCCUAGCUACCAACGUUGUCUCGACAUUAUGGACCACUAGUAAGCCUCUCUCGAGAAUGUUAAGUCUGGUGAUCAGCGACUUUUGUGAUAUUCUUACACAGUCACUGUUUGAUGACGAUGAGCACUUUGAGCAAAUUUGUACGGAUGCCAUUGGCAUGUUCCCAGAUUUGGAGACCGAAAUUCAGCUCAAAUUGGCACAGUACUACGCCUCUCGUGAUAACAGGAAUCAAGCCUUUCAUUUCUUUGUGUGUGGUAUUCGUGCAUCCAAAAGUACCAAAGACGUUACCACAGCGUUUGACAAGUUCACCGAGUACCUUGAACGGUCAAGUUCCGACCUUCCGGACCACCAACUUUACCUCUACGAAAAGCUUCUUGAUGACAGACCGUUAUAUAUCAACGAUAUUAAGUUGAAACAAGAAAUCAACCUGGUUGAUAACUGGCUCGAAAGAAUCAAUCUCCUUCUGGAGAUGGGACGGAAAGAGGAAAUGCUAAGCACCUAUGUUGGGGCAAUUAGGUCCAUCAAUCCAUUGAAGUCUGUCUCUUCAGCCAACAACACAGUGGCUACCAUAUGGAUCCAAUAUGCUGAUGUUUAUGUUGCACAGGGUGAUUACGACACAGCCAACAUCAUCUUUUCAAGGGCAAUCAAAUCACAGUUUAAAACAAUAGACGAACUCGUGGACAUUCAUAUUGCAUGGGCAGAACUCAUGUUGGAAAGAUCUGAUGAGGACGCCCUCAAUCACGUUAUGGACUUGCUCAAGACAGAAGAAAGCUCCAAUACUUCUGAAAAUGCCUUAAUACAGUCACCGAAACUCUGGGAGUUCCGUUUAGAUUUGCUCAAGGCAAUUUCCAAUGGUGAGCACUCACUUGAUAAUCCUCAAACUGUGUUAGCAGAAAUGCUCACAUCCAAGGUCAUUACGCUCAAGAUUCUUCUCGACUACGCAGAGUACUUGGCAUCUGAAAGGCUCUGGGACCGGUAUUUUGCAGCUUUAGAUAUGGGGUUGGGUGCAUUUAUCCUGAGUGAGGCUCGAUACGAAAUCUGGCACCUCUAUAUUCCUAAGCUUGAACAGUUGCACAGUGACAAAUUGGACACUUUGAGACAAGCAUACGAAAAGUGUACAGAGCAAGUGCCUAUUUUCAAGUGCAUGGAGUUCUAUACCAAGUACGCUCAGUUUGAGAAGAAGAAUGGGUUGAUCAACAAGGCGGUAAGGAUCCUUAAGCAAUCCAUUACGAAGCUAACAACAGCGUACGAUGAUGAAAGGAAAUCGUACUCUAGACCCGAACUCAAUCAAAUUGCCGAUAACAAAUUUGAAAUCUACGUGAUGAUCGUGGAGAUGAUUUCACAAUAUUUGAAAGACGUGGAAAUGGCACGGGAGGAGUUUGUCAUAGCUGUGGAAGACCAGCACUUGACUACACCAAAUACGCUAGAUCUUUGUCUCCGAUUCAUCAAAUUUGAGACCUAUAACAAGGAGUUUACCCGAGCACGCGCUUUGUUCAAAUAUGCUGGCGGACUUGGUAAUCCUCAACACCAUAUGAUGAAGAAUAUAUGGAAGGCCUGGGAAGAGUUUGAACUUGAGAAUGGAACAGAAGUCACAUAUAAACAGAUGCUCAAAUUCAAAAGAGAAGUGGCUAAAGAUCACGAAAAGAUGGAGGAAGCGAAAAGCUCCAUCAAUCCAAUGGGUUUCACGAAGGGAUCAAUCGCUGUGGACAAACCAACUUCCGCAAACCCCGACGCGAUCGAAUUGGAUAUGGACAUGUAA